CAGACAUAAAACUCCUGUAGACACUGCAGUCAGCAGCUGGCCCGUCCACAGGGCCAUGAUUGUUUUUCAACGGUGGGCUCCAGACGGUAUGUUCCGCUGCCCACUGGACCAAGGUUUACCCCAGGGCUGGAUGUUAAUGGUGUGUGUGUGGUUGGAGUCUGGGUUUAUACAGAAUGAAAACUAAGAAGAAGAAGAAGAAAAAGAGACGGCUUCUCCGAGACAGAAUCCCGUCCAAAUCCCACAAACAGAAGACUGUCAGGAACGCUUUAAUGUGGCUCAAGCUGCGGUGACGUGAGAUUCACCCCAGUAUGUGUCUGCACACGUGCGCUGAGGUUUUUUUAAAUCACUGGCUUUGAUCACGCCGCCGUAACCAUGAACACACACACGGUGAAAGUGGUGCAUCAUCAUUACAACUUCAUCAGCGUCGGUUUAGGGUUCGAUCCUGAUUCCAGGGUGAAAAAGUUCACGUGAAGGUUAGAGCGUGUCUGUAAUUGUCCUGUCAGUUAGAGAAAAUCAUACAGUGUGUGUGUGUGAUGGUGUGUGUGUGUGGGACACAGACUCCAGACCUCAGAUGUUGCUGUUUGAACAGAUGUCACACACCUCUCCUGAACUUCACAGUGUGUUCAUGUGCGUAAACGUAAAAACCUACCGUGGUGUGCAGUACAUGUGUGUGUAUAACUUGUACACAGGUGUGUGUAUAACCGAUACAUGUGUGUGUUUAUAGCCGUUCACACUGACAUGUGUCUCCAGCUGCUGAACAGCGUUCCUGCUCCGCUCCAAACUCCAGUCAGCAGCUCAGAAAGUUCCUUAAACCACCAGACGGACAAACAGACAAACAAACACACCCCCAGGAUGAGGAGCCUCCUUCAGUUUCUGGCACUCUGUGCUGUGGUCGCUCUGUGCGCGUGCUACGAGUCUCAUGAAAGCGCAGAGUCCGUUGAAGAUAUGUUUGUGCCGCCGGACCGGGCCAACUCCUUCUUCACUCCACAGAGGAGCAACGUAUACGGCCAGUUCAACCGUUACCCCUUCAUGAGGAAGAUCAAGUCUCCGGCGGAGAGGCAUGCCGAGACCUGCGAGGACUACUCGCCCUGUCGCUCCUACGCCUACCGCUUCGGUUACCAGCAGGCCUACCAGAAAUACUUUACCUCACGGAGUCAGCCACAGAAUCCACAGAGACCCACGAGACCCCAGAGACCCCAGAGACCAGCGGCGGUCCGUCGAUACUAAACACCAGAAACAGAAGAUUCCUCAUGGAUCCACAUAGAGAAUCCUGUUUUGGUUUUUUUUUUUUGUUUGUUUUUUUUUUACAUAUUACCCCCUUGGUGUCUUUAUGUGUUUGAGGUUCUUUUCUGGACGGGUCACGUGACAAACCUCCCACAGACUGACCCCGGUCUGGUGGUGACCCCAGUCUGGUGGUCUGACCCGUCGUUAUAACCAUGUAGUAACUGACGUUGUUUACUCUGUUGUCACAUCAUUUAUCGUCAUCUCUGCGUGUUUCUGCCUCUCCGUCGAACUAACCCUUUCCUACGAUAUCUAACUUACUUACUUACUUACCCCGGCCGGCGCGGCUGCCAGUGAUUAUUUCUACGGCUUUGGAAAAAAAAAAAAAAAAAAA